AUGCGUGCGAAGCUGUUGCAUCUUGGCGGUCCAGCAUUGCAAAGAGUAUUUAAAAAUUUGAAAAAUACUGACCAUGUUCCACUGGUUGCUAUAAAACCAGCUUGGUAUGACUCAGCUGUCGAGAAGCUGGACGAGUUCUUUGAGCCACGACAUCAGAGUACUUCGGAACGCCGUAAAUUACGUUUGAUGAAGCAAAUGCCGAAGGAACGGUUCGCCGAUUUUAUUAUUCGGUUGAAACAACAAGUAUCACAGUGUGGUUUCGACAAGUAUGGCACUGAAGUGAGUGAAAUUUUAGGCAACAUCUAUCUUACUGACGUCGUCGUUGAAGGAUGUAUAUCCAACGAGGUACGUAAAAAGAUUCUGCUGAAGGAUUUGUCGUUCGCUGAAAUAGAAGCUAUCGGUAUUGCACAGGAAGGUGUAGACCAGCAGAUAGAGGAGAUGAGUACACCUCAACUACAAGAGAAGAUAUUUCAAAUUGAUCAUAAUAGAGGAACAAGAGGAAAAUCACUCCGAGGAGUCAAAGGGAGAAUUGUUAGAUCUUGCUACAACUGUGGCCGUUCGGGGCACAUUGCGGUUUCAGCUACAUGUCCGGCACGUGGUAAGCAGUGUCGGAACUGUAAAUGUUAUGGACAUUUCGAAAAACUUUGUCGGAAAACAAAAAGUCCAAUGGAAAGAAACAACGAGAAACAAAUCCGGGCUGUUGAUGAAUUUCCCCGAGUAGAGCACGAGUUAACACCGAAAGUACCGGAAGAGGAAAAGGGAAUAAACGACGAGACGAAAAUAUACUAUGCGUUCUACUCGGGAAACGAAUCAAAUAUUAUCACGUGCGUAAUUGGCGGAAUUAACGUAGAAAUGCUCAUUGACUCAGGAGCUGAUGGAAACCUUAUAACAGGUGAAAUGUGGUCAAAGUUGAAGAAUGACAAGGUGAACGUGAUCUCUUGUACAAAAGGUAGUUCUCGAAUCCUACGAGCCUAUGGUAGCCAGAAUCCUUUGGUCAUAAUUGGAUCAUUCGUGGCAGAUAUUUCAGUCGGAGAACUAACUGUGAGGGCAGAUUUCUAUGUUGUUGAGGGAGGACAGCGCUGUCUGUUGGGCGAUAAAACGGCAAAACAGCUAGGUGUACUGAAGGUCGGUUUGAAUAUAAAUACGGUGGAACUUUGCCCGUUCACUAUUAUUAAGGGCAUAAAAGCGAGAAUUCGUAUCGAUCCUCGAGCAGUUCCGAUAUUUCAACCGAUGCGCCGGAUUCCGAUUCCACUAGAAGAGGCAGUAAGAAGAAAACUAAAUGAAAUGCUGAAACGAGACAUCAUCGAGGUAAAAACAGGACCAACUACUUGGGUAUCGCCAUUAGUGGUAGUAGGAAAAGCGAAUGGAGAACCCCGUUUAUGUUUGGAUUUGCGUAGAGUGAAUGAGGCGGUCUUGAGGGAGCACCAUCCGAUGCCAGUUGUGGAUGAUUAUCUCGCAAGAUUAGGCAGAGGAUGUUUGUGGAGCAAACUCGAUAUAAAAGAGGCAUUUCUACAAAUAGAACUUGAUGAAGCAUCUCGGGACGCUACGACAUUUAUUACUAGCCGUGGGUUGUAUCGUUUCAAACGAUUACCAUUUGGUCUAGUGACGGCCCCCGAGUUGUUCCAGAAGGCAAUGGAUGAGAUUCUUUGCGGUUGUGAGGGAACAUUUUGGUACCUCGAUGAUGUGAUUGUUGAAGGAACAACUUUGCAAGAGCACGACAAUCGCCUUGAGAAGGUAAUAUUUGUAUGA